CCGGACUCGCGGUGCAUUGUGGGUGAGCGCUGUACUCCGUAGGCGAGCUUAGUCAACAUCCGCGCGAGCGACAUGGAUGUGUUUCUGAUGAUCCGCCGUCAUAAGACGACCAUUUUCACAGAUGCCAAGGAAUCUACCACGGUGUAUGAGUUGAAACGCAUUGUGGAAGGCAUCCUGAAAAGGCCCCCUGAGGACCAGAGGCUCUUCAAAGAUGACCAGAUACUGGAAGACAGUAAGACAUUAGGAGAUUGUGGCUUCACUAAUCAAACAGCAAGACCCCAGGCGCCAGCUACAAUUGGCCUGGCUUUCCGCAUUAAUGAUGACGUCUUUGAACAGCUGCGAAUCGAUUCCUUCUCAACCCCUCCGGAGCUCCCUGAUGUCAUGAAGCCCCAGGACUCCGGAAGUGCUGCCAGUGAACAGGGCGUGCAGUGAGGGGAGGGACUCUAUGGGAAAAGUGGGAAGGGGAGGGUAAUUUGACAGUAUACGGACUGAGGGUCGAGGGUCGAAUGGUAUGUAUUUGGGGAAGGUAGAGGAAGUGGAAGGGUGUUUUCAAGAAACCGUGAUUUAAGCAGUGGGGAGUAAAUUGACUUACAUGCAGAACUUUUCAUUGCUGAAUAAUCACUCCCUAUCGCCUCUGUUAAAGUUAUAUUAUCCCCUUCCCAAAUUCACUUUUUUUUUAUUAACAUAAACAAAAUGACUGACAAAUUUUUGAAUUGUUCCACUGGGUUUCUGUCAGUCGUUGGAAAGAUGAGGGUACAUGGCACAACAUUGGUAUAUUAUUUAAAUGAGUUCAUUAUAUGCUUAGGGAGUGUUUGUGUGUGCACGUGUGCACUAGUGUUCAGUAUACAAUUGCAGUUCAGUUUGUUCAUGUUGUUUUUUGGAUUGUUUGAAUUGAGAGAAUGUGGUUAUUUUGUGCUUGAUCUGCCCUGAACUUGCGCAUUCAUUUGAAAGGCAUGGGGCUGUUCAUAGCCCAAAGUUAUUCCUAGAAAUAAAUUUGGAAAAUCCCACACAGAUGCCAUUUAAAAUUGUAAAAUCAUUUCAGUAGAGGCUUAUGGUGUUUUUGUUCCCUCCACCUUCAAUCUUUAUAUCCGGAUAUGCCGCUCUGGUUCUGCGAGUGCCCUUUUGCAAUUAUUUUCCCUGAGCAAGUCCAGACAAAAAACUCUUACAUUUGUAAUUGGACUUUUUUUUUUUCUUUUUCCCCCUCAACUAAAACCAAAGACCAGGAUUCAAAAGUUUUGCAGUUAUUUUAGUUCAUUUGGGCUCAAAUUUAACUGAUAAGGUGGAACUCUGCAGAUCCAGAUGAACAGUUUAUGGCUUUCAGCACCAUUUGCAGUUUUAGUAACAUUUACUUUUCCUAACAUGGCUGUGCUUCAGAGUUGCAUUAGACCUGGCCUUUGGGGCAUCUCCUGUGGGUUUCUUGUAUAAUAAAUUGUCUGACACCACAUGAUUUAAAAAAAAAAGACAAAAUUGUAAAAACCUGUAACUGUAUUAGUUAAAUAAAGACUACUCUUUUUUUAAACAU